AAUGAAUUUAAUUUAGAAAUAUUCAGAUUUAUAAAAUUCUUUGGAGCUCUUGAAUAAUGAACCAUAAUAAUUGAAUUCAAAUGAUAUUUAUGAAUAUGUUGCAAUUGAUAUUUCCCCAAAUUUUGAAUGGUUGGCAGCUGGUGGUCUAUAUAUUGAUAAUAUUGUUCUCUGGAAGAUAUCUUGUUAAAGUCAAACAAAGGUGAUAGGAACUUAGAUGAAUGAAGAUUUAGGAUAAUUAGAAUUUUCAAAUGAUUCUGUUUUUCUGGCAGCUUGUGGAUCUAGUACAAAGAUAAUAAUUUGGAAUAUGAAAGAUUUAGAUGAAAAUCCUGCAAUUUUAGAUGGACAUUAGUCAAGAAUUUGGAGAGUUUAAUUCUUUAAUUAACCUCUUUUUGAUAUUUUAUGUUCUGGAAGUUCAGACGCUUCGGUGAAGAUAUGGAAUGUUACAAAUAGAUAAUUAUUGUAAAGUUUUAAUAUGAAUGAAGAUAAUCCGAUAUAUAGUAUAGGAGUAUCAGUUAAGAAUGAGUGGAUUAUAAUGACAGGAAAUGAUACAAGAGCUUUGAUUUUAGACAGCAAAAGGUUGAAGAUAUUAUCAUAAUAGAAAAUAUGCGAAAAUUAAUUAUAUUAAGUAAGAUUUCCUUAACAUACAUCAUAAUACUAUGCUUGUUCUGGUAUGGAUGAGUAUGUUAGAUUAUUAUCGAAAAAUAAAUUAAUUAGAAAAUUAAAGUUUCCAGAGAAUUGGAAAUGGCAAAUUGAAUUCACUUGUUAAUCCAUCUUAGCCAUAUCAAGUAUAAACUCUAUACAGUUUUGGGAUAUUAGUAGAGGAAUUCAAUUAAAAGUGGUAGAAAACGAAUGUUAUACUUAUCCUUCAUUUCGAUUCAAGUAUUUAGAAAAGGGAAUCUGUGCAACAGCCAGCAAAUCUAUGAUAAAAUUGUGGAUAAAGUGA